UCUACUCUACCUACUCGGUUUGUUUCCCCCGAUAUGAGGCUAAGAACUACAGACAACCGGAUGUUUUUCUGGGUUUUAUGGAUAUAAGAAUUGUAGACGAGUAAAUAAGAGAAUGUCAAUGAAAGUAGCAGCCGACGUGGAGACGGAAAUGGCUGCUAUCGUUUUGAGGGAUCACGACUAUGGUUGCCGCGGUCCCUCCACAGGUGAACUUGAUGGGGCAGUGGAGAGACUACAGCAAAUACAGAAGAGCGUAUCAAAUCUUGCCCUAACUGGACCUCUGUGUGAGAGAUGGUGUAUGUCUGAAGAUGACUUCAGAUAUUUCACCAGGUUUCCAUCCAAAGAAAUAUUCUUUCAUUUUUGGGCUUCUGUGGAACCGUCUGCAUCGAUGAACGUUUACUGGUCCAAAGCAAAGAGGGCUGGAUGUCUUCCAGAAGUGGUGGAGCAGGAGUUAACAUGCCCGCAUGAACUUCCACUCAUCGACGAGUUUUUUAUGUUCUGCCUCUACCUUUCUGUUGGCCUUAAAGAGCAAAUUCUGUCAGGGAUGUUUAGGAUCCAUUACUCGAGAGUGAUUCAGAUCAUCGUCACCUGGUCCAACUACUUGUAUCUUGUCCUGGGGUCAGUACAGAUCUGGAUGACGAGAGCGCAGGUCCGUCAGAUGAUGCCUCUGAAAAAACAGCAGCUCUCCCUCUGCACAAGGGUUAUAAUAGACUGCUCUGAGCUCAGAUGUGAGAUUGGAGAAUUGAAAAUGUCUGCCGACACUUUGUCAUGUGAGAUGAAUUGCACCACGUUUAAAGCUUUGGUGGGUGUGGCUCCCUGUGGUUUGAUCAGCUUCGUGUCAGAAUUAUUCCCCGAUGCAAUCUCCAAUGACGACAUGACGAGGCGAUGUGGGAUUUUGAACUUACUCGAGCCGGGUGAUGAAGUUAUAGCAGGCAAAGACUUUUGCAGUGAGGAUCUGUUUAAAAAUGUUGGGGCAAGGCUGGUCAGAUUCCCACUGAGCUCUGAGGAUGAAUGUAACUGGACCCAGGGUAGAGCCCAGGAUGUCGCCAGGUUCUACGCUCUUGUAAGGUGCAUCAUUAGAAGGAUAAAGGAGUACCAGCUUCUGAACUUGACGAUUCCUCAUACUUUAGCAGGAUCAGUGAACCAGAUCUGGACCUGCUGUUGCUUGAUGGCUAAUUAUCAUGUUCGUUUUGAUCCAAACGGAGAAGAAACGUCUACUUUUCCAAUCUGCUAUUGAGGCCAGCAUGCAAUUCAUUUUUUUAUUUUUUAUCUUCUGCCGCUCAUACUGUGUGUUUUUUACAUUUUAACAGGUGUGAAUAAAUAGGUUAUUUUUUCAAAGAAAGAUUUCUUUGUAAAAUAUUUUUGGUUGGCUUUACUUCUCCCAUUGCCAGCUCGGUUCGGAGCAGAAAAUGACAUCUUUCCGAGAUCUUUCUCUUUAUUUUGAUUGUUCAUCUAUCAGCCAAUUAAUUUGUUUGUCCAUGUCCUUGGAUGGUUUUUACUACAGAUAAUAAAAUU